AUGGCGGCCACUCUUUGCCAGGCGCUGGGCUUCGUGCUGAGCCUGCUGGGGGUGGCAUUGGUGGUUGCGGCGACAGCGAUGGACCAGUGGGCGACAGAGGACCUGUUUGAUAACGUGGUGACAGCGGUGUAUUCGUACUCAGGGCUGUGGAGGUCCUGUGUGAGGCAGAGUUCAGGCUUCACUGAGUGCAGGCCCUACUUCACCAUUCUGGGACUGCCAGCCUUGCUCCAGGCCGUGCGAGCCUUGAUGAUCGUGGGGCUCGUUCUUGGAGCCAUUGGGUGUCUGGUCUCCAUCUUUGCUCUGAAGUGUCUGAAAAUGGGAAACAUGGAGGGCAACAUCAAGGCCACCAUGACGCUGACCGCAGGCGCCAUGCAUAUCCUCGCAGGAAUCUGUGCCAUCGCUGGGGUUUCGGCUUUUGCGAAUUUGAUCGUCCAAAGUUUCCGCUUCACCACAUACACUGAUGGAGCCUAUGGGAUCAUGGGAGGAGCUAACGUGGGGGGGAUCACUGGAGCACUCACACCCAGAUACACGUUUGGUCCUGCUUUGUUCGUGGGGUGGAUUGGUGGCGCCAUCUUGCUGAUUGGAGGUGUCAUGAUGUGUAUGGCCUGUAGGGGUAUGAUGUCUAACAGAAAUGAGAAUUAUAACGGUAUCGCGUACAAAGCGUCCUCUCAGCACACACAGAUGUACAGACAGGACCACAGAUCCCGCCCUGCCUAUGACUCCUACAAGGUCCCCAGCGAGGGCCGCCACUCCAACCAGAGAUUUGACUACGUAUAG